GUGAAAUGUUAAUCGAGGAAGUGAUUUAAUACGGACUGAUAUCGAAGCGGAAAAUCAACUCAAAAGAGAGUGUCACUAUUAGUUAAUUCCCUGUGUGCAUUGUUAAAAGAAAUGUUAUCAGCAUUGAAGCCAGCAUUGGCUUCAUGUGGUGUCUGUUGUAUUAUCAUGGCUGUUUGCUUUCUGUCUCCAUGCAUAUCAGGUAUGUAAGACCUUUAUCAGUGCUCCGCAGUUGAAUUCAAUGUCUUGUACAAUAAAUUCCUAUUAAAACCUUGUUUGCACCUUCUUCUCCUUCUUCUAUAUCUUAAGGGCCCACGAUCAAUUUAUUGAUCAUUUUGGCUCCUAUGCAUGUAGAUGGGAUUUGCAAUGUUUCUGUUACUGGUGGUGAUGAGGAAAUUAUCGUGAUCCCCAAACUUCCGAACUGGCAAUAGACACAAAUGUGUCUAGUGUUGUCGCCUCAACUGUUCCUUUUGAAAGAUGGUUCCAGUCCCUGAUUGUCUUGGGCAGGAAUGAGCAGCUCCUAUACUGGCACCUCGAACACAUUUUAUUCAGAAAGUGUCGUUUUUUGGGUGUGGAUAAUCUUCAUGAAUAGUAGUGAAAUACAUUUUUUUUAUUUGUAGAAAAAACGUUUGAUACAACCUGGACAUCUCAAAACGAAGGAUCUGAUCUAAGGCCUUUGCCCAAAAUUCAAGAAAGAUCGACCCAUUUAAUAUUUUAAACCUACAACGUCUUUAAUACUAAAGUUUGAGCUUUUUAAAAUACAAGCCAUGCUUUAAACAGUUAGCGCUGUGUGAGGAGCGCAACAACACAUUUUUAUCAUUUCGCAAUUCAAAGAAUGCGUUUUUUGAACUUGUCCCAACAAAGUGCCCGGAUAUUUAAUUGUGUAGGUUAUCGUUUCUUAGUUAUGUUUUUUUGUGUUUAAUUUAUUUUUUUUUGGGGGGGGGGGGCGGAUUUGGGGGGGGUCAAAUUCCUUAAUAUUUCUUUAGCACGAAAAGACUGAAAUAAGGUCAUUUACAAUUCAGAAUAGAACGAACACACACUUUGUGUAGGUUAUCGUUUCUUAGUUAUGUUUUUUUGUGUUUAAUUUAUUUUUUUUUGGGGGGGGGGGGCGGAUUUGGGGGGGGUCAAAUUCCUUAAUAUUUCAUUAGCACGAAAAGACUGAAAUAAGGUCAUUUACAAUUCAGAAUAGAACGAACACACACACAACACAUGUGUAAACCGUGUCAUUUUCAUGACACAUCAAAGAGACAUCAAAGGUGCAGUUAAAAAUUUACUUUAAAAAUUUAGCUUACAUACCCAAAACCUAUAUGGUCAAUUCUAUUUCAGUUUCUCAAAGGCCGACCAUGUCGUGUCCGGGCGUCCAGGUAGGACAAGCAGGUCGGAACAUAACAUGUUUGACCGGUGCAGACGCCAGGUCAAUAUCCUUGUCAAGGAAUGCCACCACGUUAGUUCAGUGUAACACAACCUCGUGUUUUGGCGGCCAGGGAUACAGUGGUCUGGUAACAGUGAAUGAUAAUAAUCUUAUCGUGUCUAUGACGAUUGAGUCAGUUCAGGGGAAAGACGAAUCCAUGUGGACCUGUCAUGUUGAUUUCGGUGGAGAAUCGAAGGAAGCAAACGAAACUUGUCUGUUAUUCAUUUUUGGUGAGUUUUUGAACAAAUCAAAGAAAAACAUGUUUUAGAAUAAAGUGUCCAAGACGAAAAGUAUAUAAAUAAUUAUGUAAUUAGGUAGUCCUUUUUAGAUAGUAUUUAUGAAAAAAAUGCUUUAACAUUUUAAAAAAUCAACAAAAAAAAAAUCAUUUUUUUAAAAAUCUGUUUGAAAAUAAUUAUCAAGUUUUAUCUUAUAAAAUUAAUGUUUAUGACUUGUCCAGUGAAAUUGACCUCCGAAAAUUAAUCUGAGGAGCAACUAUCGCAACUAUUGAAAAGAAGCGGCUUAAGUUAUCAAACAAUUAUUUAUGAAGGUUGUUGCGGCGUUGUCAUGCAUUUAUUUAGAGUAAGAUUUAAAAUUUUACGUUUCAUAAAAAAGAAAAUAUUAAUAUUAAUUCUUGAGCGAGUUAUAUUGAGAUUUGUAAACUGAAAGAAACAUGCUUGAAUUAAUUAGAUUAGUUCUGACUUUAACAAGAGUGAUGAAUGAAUCCAAAAUGAGAAUUUGCCAGCCUUUUUCUUUUAAUGUAAGUUUCUUGAUGAAAUGUGUGUGUGUCUCAGUGCCACCAGAAAAGCCAGUGUGUGAUCACACGUUUAAUGAGAGUCACGUUCUGAUCACGUGCAGCACGGCAAAGGUUUACCCCAGAGCAACAUGUCGUUGGAACGCGUCCUCUGUACCUAAGGUUUGUAUUCAUUUCACAUAUCUUUUGUAACCAGUUAGUGUUACAUUUUUUUUUGGGGGGGGGGAUGAUUGUAUGGCCUUACGGUCACUUUUGUCACCACAAGAACUUUCUACAAAAGAUUGGGCUGGAAAUAAAACUGCUUGCAAACCUCAACUGUCUUGUGAUGGUGGAUCUGCUAAAUGGGGACCUUCUUAUUCUACAUAAAAACAUCAUGGUAUUGCAAAUUUUAUCGAAAAACAACACAAACGUCUUCUAUUACAGAAGGAUGUAAAAACAAUGUAUUUUAAUGAUAUGCUAUUUUUCAGAAAUAAAUUACUCAAUUUUAAUUUCAUUUCAAAUUACAGCUAAACUCUUUUUUAAAUACAUCAGAUACAUGAUGAGUUAUUUACUUUAUCUAAGUAUUUUCUGAUUGUUGUAUGACGAUGACAUAUACAAUAAAUCGAUCACAUUCAUGUGCUAUUCAAAGGUCAGGCCAAGAAGCUACUCACACCACGUUUCUAAUGAUUCAGUCUUCAUCUACAACACAACAUGUACAGCCGUCUUCCCAGUCACCAACCAGACAGAGUACACACUACAGGUGUCAUUUUAUCCUGCCGGCUUUCAAGAUGACGACAUCUCGGGUGGUGCCGCUGUAGAGACCCAGGAGAUCGUUAUUACAGUUGGUGCGUACUCGCAUAGCAAUGAACCAUGUCUUUUCAUAUGACUUGCACACAACUGAUUCAUCAGACGAGCUUCCCAUGAUGUGUCGGGAAAACUAAUUUGAGUAAACGCGUUGAACAUUGCGAAACGUGAUACCCUUAUAACGUUGAAUAAAUUGUUUUUUUAUAAAACUUACUUAGAAAAGAAUCCUCUGGGACUUAAGUAACUGAACGAUACAUUUAUACAAAUGAAAGGGACGGGUUUUACUGAAAACGGAAGUAAACACUACGUCUUUGAUUAGGAUAUUUCAAACCAACCGACAAGUCCGAGUUUAUGACUCAAAUUGGAAAUGGUAAUUACAGCUUUGUACUAUUAAAGCGUAUAUUCUCAAACUACCAAAUUUUUAAAACAUUUCUAGGACGUGUUGGAAAUAAAUACUCUCCAGAUGAGGAAUAAUAUUAUUUAUUGGAAAUAAAAGUACAAAUUAAAAAGGGAAAUAUAUAGUUUCAAACACGUGUUUCUGCAUGACAAUUUAUUUUUGCACAUAACUUUUUAGAUGUUACGUGAUCAAAGAAUUGUUAUAGUUUAAAAGUUAUUAAUGGCCGGCUCUAGACAAAUGUUAUUAUAAUCAAAAAGAUUUUCUGAAGGAAGUUGGCAACGAAAAAAUGUCCCGAAAUUCAACUAUUUUACAUUUUGAACUAAAAUGUAUAAGGCCUUCGGGAUUUAAUAGAACUGCAUAAAUUGUAUUCACAGCGCCACCGAAAGGAACUCCAUCGCUGGUGGUGUCACCGAAUCAGGAGCAAUACACGGAGUUAGACAAUGUCACCAUAUCUUGUACUGUACAUGGUGGAAGUCCACCCGUGUACAGGACGUCGCUAGAGUGUGACACAGAGUUCAUAGACAAAGGGUCGGGCUCAAACAAUGUCACAGCUCAAGGUCAUGUUGCCAAGAUGGAUGUUCAAUUAAAUGGCGAAAUGCACGUGAAAUCCUGCACUUGCUCCGGUAGCCACGUGACGUCAACGUAUCAGUUAGUAAACAAACUGACAUUUGUUGCAAAUGGUAACACAACUUCAUAGCUUAUAUUUUUUCUUAGACAAAAGGUGGACAUUCGUCGCGACGGGUAACAGCGAUGAAUGGUUGAAGUUACUGGAGUAGGAAAUGUUUUUUAAAAUAUUUUAUUUCGUUUUAAAAAAUAUAAUUAAUUUAAUCUUACUCAAAAGCAUAACUUGUUCGAAAAGUAAAAAUUAAAUCAUUUAUGUGUCAGAUAGUCAUAAGGACAAUAAUGAAUUCAAUGUCUCAGUUAAUAACAAAGACAACCAUGAAUUCAAUGUCUCAGUUAAUAACAAAGACAACCAUGAAUUCAAUGUCUCAGUUAAUAACAAAGACAACCUAGAAAUCAUUGCUUUAGAAAAUCAUAAACACAACCUAGAAAUCAUUGCCUUAGAAAAUCAUAAAGAAACCAUAAAUUCAUUGUCUCAGUAACUCAUAAAGACAAUCAUGAAUUCAUUAUUUCAGAUAAUAGCGAGGACUCAAUUGAACCCAAGCGUAGCAAUUCGUCACAUGGUUCAGGACCACUUAGAAAAUACACUUUGCGUAUAACAUCUGGGCACAAUGGUAAUUCCAUGUUUGCUAUCUAGAUAUAAAGUUGAAAAUUAUAAUACAUUGUAAAGGUCGCGAUAUUUGCAUUGCUAUAUCCUUAACGUUGUGUGAGACAGUUUGAGACGCGGCUUCCUCGGUAACCUGGGCGCAAAGAAUCUUAAAAAAAUAUUCAAAAUCCUUCAAAAUCAUAAAACAAAUCGCUACUUCAUUGUGCACUUGUCAAAAUAAAAUAUAGGACCCCGUGGGAAAACAAACCUGUAUUCUAGAAUGGCGCUACAGCUUGCAAAAAAAAAAAAAUAAUAAAGAGAAUCUGAGGUAAAACGAGUUUAGACUUUCCCCAUUGAUGCGUAGCCCAUUUAAUGUGUGUAUAACUAAUCAGAUGCAGGAUUGUUCCAGUUUUUUUUUUUUAAUGGAAAUAUUGUAAGAUUCUCCCAUCAAAAUAUUUUAAGCAAUGUUUGUAACGCUUUUCAAUCUUCUCUAUUACUUUGGAAUCACUUUAAAUAGAAAUACCGUUAAAAGAAAUUUGCUUCUUAUGAUUUUUGUGGAAAGUUCUGCAAAAAUUACCAAAUAUUAAGAUGACCAACAGAUUUACCUUCAUUCAUCAAACAGUUAAAUGUUGAUCUUGAAGUUUUAUAAUGAAUAGUAUCAGCAUUCAUCCCACUCAAAUGGAUCUCAAAGUAGAUUUUAACGUUUUUUAUGAAAUUUUUUUUGGGGGGCUGGGGGUGUUACAAGUGCAUAAGAGUUUCCGAAUUCCUCAUUGUUGUAUAGUUAUUGUUAUUAGAAAUAGACUGGUUUAGCCGGAGGGUAUCCCAGGAUGAAAUAAAACAGUCCUUUAGAUUUUUUAGUAUACGCUGAAGUUAAUUACUAUUUUGUAGGGGUUGAUACAUGAUUAUCUGCAUGCAUCCUGGUUGUACGAAUAGGAUGUGGUCGUCACAAAUGGUGAGAUGUCGAUCAUGAUGAAGUAUUUUUAAAAUUCAUUUUUUUUUUAAAAAAGAUGUGUUCCUCGGAUUUUUUUAAGUUGGAAGAAAAUCAUUUCCGGCCAUGAGAAAUACCUGGACCCGGAGUUCAACGUUCGUGUUCUCUUCUAUGAGUCAAAGACAUUUUUUUUUUGGUACAAAAUCAGGAUUUAGCGCUGCGGUUAGGUCGGUCGUUAACAAUCAAUGUAAGUGUCUAUUGGUGCACACAAAUGAACGCCUUUCUUGUUCGCGGUGCGCAAGCUAGCUUUGCUCUUUACACCAGAACAUUGUGUUGAGUCGUAAUUUGCUUGUCGUCUGAACGUUGUGAAGCGUACCGUUAGUGAAUAAUCAAUCCCAGACCAGGGUUAGAAACCUUUUUUUUUUAAAAUAGAUGCCACAGUUUUUGGGAAUGAAAAGUAAAUUCGCAACACCUUAAAUAAAUUAUACUAAAAUCCCAUUCUUUAAUGAAACUGAACGAAGAAAUAAGCUAUUUAAUCUAUUUUAACUACUGGAAACGGAACUUCUGUUAGUGUUUACUUAAAAAUUUGUCGGUUUUUUUAAACUUGGGUUCUAAAAACUUUCCUAAGAAAAUAAAUAUUUUAGAAACAAUUUUUCCUUAUUCUUAGAGCUACCAGUUUGCCCGAAAAACCUAACAAUAAAACUGACUUCACCUGAUACGGUCUCCUUAUCAUGGAAGUACGGCAGCCAUGAUGGAUUACAGCCAACGUUCACCAUAUUUAGACACGACGAGAGUCCAGGGGGGUCACAGGACAGCAGAACAAAAGUGGCUGAAGUAAAUGGGACAAAGGAAGAUGACAUGGAGUACAACAUCACGGGGCUUUCAAAGCUGAGCCGCUAUAGUUUCUCACUGGGUGUCAGGAACAAAGCCGGGGAGAGAGCAUGUCCGGAAGUUAGCGUGAAUGUUACCACAGACGCUGGGGAAGGUAAGUCGACUACAAUUCUUUCAAUUAGAUAUUACACAACUAAUACAACUGCAGUGUCCUUACGAUGAUCACACGAUUUGAGUUUAUUAUUAUAUUAUUUUACCUGUAAUUUUUGUUUGAAUUAAAUGAAAAUUAAAUAGCAUCUAAAUUAUUUGAAGAAAAAUAAAAUAUUUCCUGUUUGUAAUUUAAAAUAUCGCAUAUUUCCCAUUGCUAAUGUACCUUUUUUUUUUUAAAGUUUAAAAAAUAUAUAUAUAUGAGCUUUGUCCAUUAACAACAAAGACAAAUGUAAUUCAUUUUGUUAAAUGGUAAUUUUAUUUAUUCAUAACAGUAUUAAUAAAUUUCUAAUAUCAAUUAAGAAUAUUUCACUUAAAAUUUUUGUUUUAAACUGUUUUGAAAUAACCGUACGUUUAUAUUCCUCAGUCUCAACAGCUAUCAUUCCAAUGAGGCGUUCUGGUCCAAAUGCAGUUCCGAUCAUCAUUUCUAUUGCCUGUCUACUACUUCUCGCCAUUAUUAUCGUCAUCAUUGUAUUGAUAAUCAGAAGGCGGCAAGGUGGCUAUAAGACAGGUGUGUCAUUUAUGCUUACCAGGUUGAAUUUGAUCGGGUUUGACAGAACUCAGUUAAAUAGUUGAAGACUUUACCAAAAUAGGGUGUCUUCGGAGCAGUCUACCACUAGAACAUGGUGCCAUCAGUGCAGGGUGCCAUCAGAACAGGGUGCCAUCAGAUCAGGGUGUCAUCAGCUUAGGGUGCCAUCAGAUCAGGGUACCAUCAGAAGAUGGUGUAUUCAGAACAUGGUGCCAUCAGAACAGGGUGCCAUCAGAACAGGGUGCCGUCACAUAAGUUUGCCUUCAGAACAGGGUUCCAUCGCAUCAGGGUGCCAUCAGAACAGGGUGCCGUCACAUAAGUUUGCCUUCAGAAUAGGGUUCCGUCGCAUCAGGGUGCCAUCAUAGCAGGGUUUUUAAUCUCUCCCAAUAGCACUGAAAAACCCUACAAGUAUUUAUCAUGGUCUACAUUUUCUGCGGUUUCACUUGAGAGGAGUUUUUCAAAACUGAAUAGUAUUAGAACUAUUUGCGCUUUACGAUGGAACAUUUCCAGGCCUUCUGGUCUUGCGAUUUUGUCAAUUAAAGGAAAUAGGGUGAUGACUGGUGAUUUUGAUGAAGUAGCUGACAUGUUUGCAUCUUUGAAGACCAGUGGGGGAGGGGGCGGAAAGGUUUUACUGUUAAGUAAAUGUUUCAAUACAAUACAAUUUUUUUAAAGGGGUUUUAAACGCUUUCCAAAGGCAUUAUAUGAUGUCUUCUCAUGUCUUUUGUUGCUUUUGGACUUGCUUUACAACAAUAAUUUAAGCAGUUCUGUAUGAUCCAGAUAAGAAUUAGUCAGUGCAGGUCCCGGGAAGGGGGUGCGUAAGAUGUGAGCGCGGUGGCGGGACACCAUGAGUUUGCAGCAUGGGAUGACACGCAACCCUAGUGAGGCUUCUGGUCGUAACUUGUUGACACAUCCUCGAAAGGCUUAUGCGGCCCAAUCCUGGGGUGACAGUCUCAGAUGCAGUGUUUGCAAGAAAACCCUAAAAUCUGGUUUACUCUGGCCUUACGUAAAUUAAAUGUAAGAUACAUGUUCAUCACGACACAUUGUGUUUAAACACUGACACAUCUCAAACCUAGCAAUUUGAACUGUAUCACGUUACUGCAACGAACACUGAGCUUUUACGAUUCUCAACAACAAUUUAUAAAAAAAUAAUAAAAGUAUACGUAACCACUGGAUAUAUUAACAAAUGAAGUGUACUGUUUAAAGAUCGAUUGUUUAAAGCAGCAAGAAAGAACAGUAAUAAUUUUAUUAAAAAUACAUUAAAUAGGCCAUUGACACAACUAUCUUAAAUAUUUUGGAUUCUAACAAAAAAGAGUCAAAUUGUGAUGACUGUUUCAAAAUAAAACUAGAACUCGGUAACGAAACAAACAAACAAAAUAAUACUUUGUUCAAAACGCAAACGUACACUAAGUAACUCGGUUUUUUUUUUUUUUUAAACAAAAUUUUUUCGGCAAAUGUCUUAUCAGACUAAUUUUAGAAAGCUACGAAAAACUCUUAUAACAAAGAUUUACAAGACUGAAAAAAAAACGUGUGCAAAUAGCAAAAAAUCAAAACAUGUUAUCUUAUGAUAAAAAAAAGUCUGUAAACAGAGCAGGGUGUCACAAGAGCUGGGUUGUUGUUUUUUAAUCUCUCCCAAUUCUGUCAUUACGCCUACAAUAAUUUAUCACGGUCUCCGUGUCUGUGGCAUUCCGUGGGAUGAGCUUUUCAAAAUAGGUUACAUUUGUUGUUACGUACCGUUCUAAUGAGUAGAGAAUUUAAUCUCUUUUUUUUACUGCAUUGCUUAUAAUAAAAUAAGACAUAACAAAAGAGGAUACCAUGAAGUACAAACAAUAAUAAAGAACAACACCCAAAACAAGGGCUAAUUGCAAAUAAUUAAUUAAUUAAGUUUUUUUUUUUUUUAACUGAUGAUGAGUAAAGAUCUUUGGUACCAUUCAAUAAACACAUAUUUCGAUCCCUCUUUUAUAGACUUUGUCGUAAGUCAUUUAUAGAUACAGUUGUAUGCCAUUUAAAAAAAUUGUAUGAUGUUAUAGACAAGGUUUGAUGUCUUUAUAGAUGAAUGCCAUUUUAAUCACAGUUUUAUUGCUUUAUAUACAGUUGUAUGUCAUUAUAGACACAUAUGUAGGUUAUUAUAGACAGAGUUCUAAGCCUUUAUGACACUACAGUAUGUCAUUAUAGAUACAGUUGAAUGCCUUUAAAGAACAAGUGGAUGUCAUUACAUUAAAGACCCAGUUGUAUAAAUGACCUUCAUUUUCAGGUCAUCACUCCUCAGUCCCAACCGUUGACUCCGCUCACGUCAAUGCAGCUUACACGGAGUGUGUUCCUACAGAGCCAAACGUUGAACACCCGUACCAGCAGUUCGUCCCUGACUCAUCAGGUGACGUGAUUUGGACAUCCACAGACGAUGGAUAUUUGCUGCCCAAUGACUGUGUCCCAAGCGUUGAACAAACCAACGCUGACGGUGCCCUGUUCUUAAGCCAGCUUCCCGUUUCUUCAAACGAGUCAGAAUACGAACAACUGGAGGAUCAGAUUUUCAGUUAACAACAGCCACACUUAAUUAGGAACUGUGUUAGCAAAAAAAUGCAGGAUCUGUGAAAUAGCGAUGUUAGACUUAAAAAAGAAAGAUCUAAGUUUUGGUAGACUAAACGUAGUGACGUAUGCUUAUUUCUAUUGGCAUGUCGUUGAUAUUAAUAGAUCACGCAAUGGAGUGAUGCUGAGAUGUCAAGUUUAACCUUUGCCCGUCUGUUGUGUUGAGAUUUCAAGUUUCACCUUUGCCCGUCUGUUGUGUUGUGAUGUCAAGUUUAACCGUUGCCCGUCUGUUGUGUUGAGAUGUCAAGUUUAACCUUUGCCCGUCUGUUGUGUUGUGAAGUCAAGUUUAACCUUUGCCUGUCUGUUGUGUUGAGAUGUCAAGUUUAACCUUUGCCCGUCUGUUGUGUUGCGAUGUCAAGUUUAACCUUUGCCCGUCUGUUUUGUUGUGAUGUCAAGUUUAACCUUUGCCUGUCUGUUGUGUUGAGAUGUCUAGUUUAACCUUUGCCCGUCUGUUGUGUUGUGAAGUCAAGUUUAACAUUUGCCCCGUCUAUUGUGUUGAGAUGUCAAGUUUAACAUUUGCCCCGUCUAUUGUGUUGUGAUGUCAAGUUUACCCUUGCUCCUUUAAUUUUCUGAUUCAUUCAUGUUCCCUAAGCAGGAUAUAAAGCUUCAAUAAAUCAACUGUGUGUAUGUAUGUCAAUUCCUACAUAUCAACUUUACAAUUGAUAAUCAUGCAGUAGUACAAUUUGCAAAACGCGAGUAUAAGUAUUUUUAAUGCCGCAGAACUUCCUAUUGGCUUUCUUUAAUAGCACAAUUUAUGUGUGGGACAAGUCCUAGGCUACAAUUCUGGGAGGUGCAUUAUUUCAGCGUAUUCACAAUAUCCUCAUGUCGUACAAAAUCAACUACAAAAAUGUCGAAUGAUGCUUUUAACAUAUGAUGGAAUAGUCUGAACUACGUCACUUAUAUAUUCAUACAAAACGUGAAUCUAAUAAUGUAAUCGUUGCUAAUAUUCAUACAAAACGUGAAUCUAAUAAUGUAAUCGUUGCUAAUAUUCAUACAAAACGUGAAUCUAAUAAUGUAAUCGUUGCUAAUUGUUAGCCAUCAUAUGUACAUUGGUGUACUUCAUUCAAUGCUAAACUAUCACUUUAUUGAAUAGUGUAUUACAGUUGACGAUUAUUAAACUUGGCAUGUAUCGUUUAUUGAUGUAAAUACUUUACUAAAAUCACAUUUUAAUCAUUUUGAUGUUUCUGUAGUUUAUAGUUUUGGUAAUAAAGACACAGUAUGUUACACUGAUGAUUUAAUCAUUCCAUUAUAUUUUUCAUGUAAAAAAAACAAACAGCUUCGCCAAUAGCAAUAAUCAUUAGGAUCCCCCUUAGGAUUGGUCCCUGUAAUCAAGCUUAUAUUAAGUGUUAAUUAACGACCAUGAGACUUAACCAUAGCAUUGAUCUUCGCUUCACCCACACUAUUCAUCGUCAGACUUACCCACUGCAAUUAUCUUAGCUUCACCCACGCUAUUCAUCGUCAGACUUACCCACUGCAAUUAUCUUAGCUUCACCCAGAACAUUGAUCAUCAGACUUAUCCAUAGCAAUUAUCUUAGCUUCACCCACUAUACAUCAUUAGACUUAUCCAUAGCAAUUUUCUUAGCUUCACCCACACUAUUCCUCAUUAGACUUAUCCAUAGCAAUUUUCUUAGCUUCACCCACACUAUUCAUCAUCAGACUUAUCCAUAGCAAUUAUCUUAGCUUCACCCACACUUUUCUUUUUAGAAGAUUACAAAUUUGACAUAAAAUCUGUUAAAGGAAAAGACAAUGUUAUUGCAGACAUUCUAAGCAGAAUGACAACAAAUACAGACAUUCUGUAAAAGAAAAUAGGAACUGGACUUGGUGGGGCCUAAAGAAAAUAGGACAGGCGGAAAGCUAGUAAGAAAAUAGUAAGAAUAAAGAAUAUUACGUUACUUCGCGGGCCGCCAAGUUGGUUCUGGCGGCCCAUAGGUUGUGCAGGCCUGAUCGAUGGUAUUGAUAUCAGUCCCAUUCAAGGCAAACAUAAUGUGCCUCACUCAUAUCUUUAGUCAUGAGAUUCAUGCAUACUGAUUCAUCCAGAGCAUUUAUCAUCAGGCAAAAUGAUUAAUUUCAUCCAGGGCGUUUACUGUUUGGCUCACCCAUAACAUCAACCGUCCAUUUCACACAAGGCUUAAAUCAAGAGACUCGCCCCAUAACAUCAACCGUCCAUUUCACGCAAGGCUUAAAUCAAGAGACUCGCCUCAUGACAUCAACCGUCCAUUUCACGCAAGGCUUAAAUCAAGAGACUCGCCCCAUGACAUCAACCGUCCAUUUCACGCAAGGUUUAAAUCAAGAGACUCGCCCCAUAACAUCAACCGCCCAUUCCACGCAAGGCUUAAAACAAGAGACUCUCCCAAUGACAUCAACCGUCCAUUUCACACACGGCUUAAAUCAAGAGACUCGCCCAAUGAGAUCAACCGUCCAUUUCACACACGGCUUAAAUCAAGAGACUAGCCCCAUGACAUCAACCGUCCAUUUCACACAAGGCUCAAAUCAAGAGACUCGCCUCUUCCUGGUAUCAACCAUCUAUUUCACACGUGUCACAAAUGAGUUGGCUCUUAAAGUGUCCGGGGUGAAAAAAACAAUCCCUUCAAACUUCCGUGUAAUUUGAUUGAUUUCCUCUGGUGUGUUCCUUAUUUCACAAGUUUAGCUUUAACUUUAUAUCGACCAUUUCAAUCAUCGCUUGUUGACUUCUUUCUAUAUUGAAGUAACAAUUAAGUUACUUAUUGUUCAUAAAUAUGUUUUCCAAAUGUCUUGAUGGCUAAGCAUUCUGCCACGUAAAUGGUAUUAUGGCAUAGAUAAAAAAAUUUAAUUAGUUCAUCUUUUAAGCUGGGUAUUCUAUUCACAAGUAUUCACAGUUAUCAGACUUUGUAUGGUGUGCUUGAGCUUAACUAUAGAAAUUCCCCAAUGAGCUGUCGACUCUUCACAUUUGGGUCAAGAGUUAUUAUAGACCAACGCUUCUGACGCACUGACGUGAAACUUUAAUUCAGGAACUGAUAAUAGUAUCACUAUAUAAUUUCAUUCACUGUGUGCAUUUCUUAAAAAUGCAAUCAGCACUGAAGCCGGCAUUGUCAUCGGAGAGCGUCUGUUUUAUUAUCAUGGCUGUUGGUUUUCUGUCCUCAUGCGUAUCAGGUAUGUGAGAUCUUUAUGAAUACGCCAUGAUUUCAUUCAAAUGUCUUGUAACAUAAUUUUACACCAGAGGCUCAUUUGCGCGUCAAACACAUUUCCUUGAGAUGGUGUUUGCGCGUCAAACACAUUUCCUUGAGAUGGUAUUUGCACGUCAAACACAUUUCCUUGAGAUGGUAUUUGCGCGUCAAACACAUUUUCAUUGAGAUGGUAUUUGCGCGUCAAACACAUUUCCUUGAGAUGGUAUUGGCGCGUCAAACACAUUUCCUUGAGAUGGUAUUUGCGCGUCAAACCCAUUUCCUUGAGAUGGUAUUUGUGCGUCAAACACAUUUCCUUGAGAUGGUAUUUGCGCGUCAAACACAUUUCCUUGAGAUGGUAUUUGCGCGUCAAACACAUUUCCUUGAGAUGAUAUUUGCGCAUCAAACACAUUUCCUUGACAUGGUAUUUGCGCAUCAAACACAUUUCCUUGAGAUGGUAUUUGCGCGUCAAAUCCAUUUCCUUGAGAUGGUGUAGUUUUUGUCUUUGAAUAAUCUUCAUGUUAUAAAAAAAAAAGAUUGUAUUUUUUAAUGGGAGUCGCUUAGUCACUUCCUUGUUUGGUCACGUGAUGUGAGUAAGCCAUCACUAGGCUGCUACACACAACAAGAGAUACUUCAUCAGUGCUUCCCCAAUGUCAUGUUACUUAAAAAUGUUACCUUUUGUAAUAUUCUGGAAUACAUGCGUUUUUUAAAUGAAAUCCAUAAAUGUGACAAUAAAUAUACGUCAGUAAUGAUUAAAGGAAGAAAGUUAUUUCAAGAAAAAUUUGUGAGCGGUAUUCGAUGGGAACUAUCAAUACUAUUAUCGGCAGGAUGUUGUUGAGCUCCGUGCGUGCUCAUGACGUCAUUUGCGUUUUUAUUCAAUAUUGAUGCAGGAGUCAUUCCCCUUUGUUUAUUUUAUUGUUAAUUUUCAUUGGACGAAAUGUAGUGUAGGUGUAGUGUGUAUCGGGCUACUGUUGUCAAGCACUAGUGUGUUGUAUACAUCCUACCGGAAGUCUUACUUGUUUUUACUCUCAUCACGUGAUAAAUCAAUCGACUAAGCGAUUCCCAUUUUUAAAACAACAUUUAGGAAAUCCCAACAUGAAAGGUCCCAUACAGCGCCUUUAGCCAAAAUUUGAAUGAAUACCGUCCCAUGCUAUAUUUUAAACCUUUAACGUGUCCAGAACUACAGGCUGCUGUUUAAAUAUAAAACUUGCUUCAAACACUUGAGGCUAUGUGUUACGAAUCUGAUAUUAUAAAAGUUCGUUUGUCUAGGGGUUAUUCCUUUACCUAAAGAAAACGAAUGCUCCAUUAAUCGAACGUCUCUUUCUUCAAAUAUAAUACCUCCGAAAAUCUAACACUUCAGCACAGCCAUUGUUCCACACCAUAACAUCCACUUAAACGUCCGCCAUUUCCCCUACCCUAAAAUACGUCACAAAAGCUCAGCAUACUAGAUAAAGCUACACAUAUACUCUCUACACUAAAGAUUUUUUUUUACAUACCAACCAUUCAUGCCCCUGAAUCUAGUUCACAACACUAUUUAAGGAACACACAAAAAUGUGCUAUGUCCAAAAUCAAAGAAUCCGUUUUUGCGCUUGUCCCCACAAAAUGCCCGGAUAUUUAAUUGUUCAGGUUAACGUUUCUUGGAUAUAAUUUUUUUUUUUUUAAAUUCCUUAAUAUUUCAUUCGCACGAAAAGACUGAAAUAAGGUCAUUUACAAUUCAGACUAGAAAGACCACACACAACACAUUUGUAAACAGUGUCUUUUUAUUACGCAUCAAUGAGACCUCAAAGGUGAAGUUAAAUAUUUACUUAAAAAUUUAGCUUACACACCAACACCCAAAACAUAUAUGGUCAAUUCUAUUUCAGUUUCUCAAAAGCCGACCAUGUCGUGUCCGGCCGUCCAGGUAGGACAAGAAGGUCGGAACAUAACAUGUGUGACCGCUGCAGACGCCAGGUCAAUAUCCUUGUCAAAGAAUGCUACUACGUUAGUUCAGUGUAACGCAACCUCGUGUUCUGGCGACCAGGGAUACAGUGGUCUGGUAACAGUGAAUGACACUAACCUUACCGUGUCUAUGACGAUUGAGUCAGUUCAGGGGAAAGACGAAUCUAUGUGGACCUGUCAUGUUGAUUUUGGUGAAGAAUCGAAGGAAGCAAAAGCAACUUGUCUGUUAUUCAUUUUUGGUGAGUUUUUUAAUGAAAUCAAAGACACAAAUGUUUUAGAAGUAGUGGCCAAGACAAAAAGUAGAUAAGUGAAUAUGUAAUUUGGUCGUCUUGUUUUUAGAUAAGAUUUAUGAAUAAAUGCAUUUUUUAGAUACGUUUUGUUGCUUUUAAACACCAACCCUUUUUUUUCAAAAUUGUUUGGAAACAAUUCUCAAGUUUCAUCAUGUAAAAUCAACGUUCAGGACUAGUAAGCGACAAUGACCUCCGAAACUUGAUCUCAAGGGCAUGUAUCGCAGUUAGUGGAAAAAGAAACGGCUUAGUUCAUCAAACCAUCAUUCCAAGAUGUUGGUGUAGUCUUGAGCGAGCGUAUGAUUUAAAAUGUUUCCUUGUAAUGAAAAGAAAUAAAUGUUCACAUAACACCUUGAGCGAGUUUAAUGCGAUUUGUAAACAUGCUGGAAAGAAUCAGAUGAGUGCUGACUUUCACAAGAUUGUCUUCGGCAACGAAUCCAAUAUUAGAAAUUUCCAGCCUUUUUAAUAUCUUUUUUUAAACGGAAUUUUAUUUAUUAACUGUGUCUGUCUCAGUGCCACCAGAAAAGCCAGUGUGUGAUCACACGUUAAAUGAGAGUCACGUUCUGAUCACGUGCAGCACGGCAAAGGUUUAUCCAAAAGCAACAUGUCGUUGGAACGCGUCCUCUGUACCUAAGGUUUGUAUUUCCAACUUUUAAGGGGGAUUGUAUGACCUUACGGUCGUUGGGGGCAAAAUUAGAUUGACAUACAAAAGAUUAGGCUGGAAUAAAUUUCGGAUCGCAAACUUUCAUUACAAUUUGAGGGUGGAUCUGCUGACUGGGGACCUUCUUAUUCUACAUAAAAACAUCAUGCAUUUGCAAAUUUUAUCGAAAAGCCACACACACGUCUUCUAUUACAGAAGGAUGUAAAAAAAUGUAUUUUGUAACAUAAUAUGUUAUGUUUCAGAAAUAAAUUACUCAAUUUUAAUUUCCUUUCAAAUUACAGCUAAACUCUUUUUUUAAAUACAUCAGAUACAUGAUUAGUUAUUUUCAUUUAUUUUAAGUAUUUUCUGAUUGUUGUGUGACGAUUACAUAAGCAAUUUAUUGAUCCUGUUAUUCACAUGCUACUCAAAGGUCAGGUCAAGAAGCUACUCACACCCCGUUUCUAAAGAUCCAGUCUUCAUCUUCAACACAACAUGUACAGCCGUCUUCCCAGUCACCAACCAGACAGAGUACACACUACAGGUGUCAUUUUAUCCUGCCGGCUUUCAAGAUGACGACCUCUCGGGUGGUGCCGCUGUAGAGACCCAGGACAUCGUGAUUACAGUUGGUGCGUACGCGCAAUAACAAUGAACCGUAACUUCUUUUUUUUUUUACUUUUACACACCGCUAAUUCAUCAGGCAAGCUUCCCAUAAUUAGCUGGAAAACUAAUUUCAAGAAACGGGUUUAAAAUGGUGAAACAUAAUACCUUAAAAAAAUGUAGAAGAAAUUGUUUAUUAAACCUUAUUUGAAACAUAAUAUCUUUAAAAAUGUAGAAGAAACUGUUUUAUAAAAUCUAUUUGAAACGUAAUACCUGGGGUCUUAAUUAAUUGAAAGAUACAGUAUAUAAAACUUUAAGGGGGGAUGGUGGUACUGAACACGGAAGUAAGAAGUGAAUCUUGUUAAGAUAUUUCAAAAUAAACGCCAAGGCUGAAUGCAUGACUCAUAUCCUUAAUGGUAUUUAAAGUAUUGUAUUAUUAAAACUUAUAAUCUCUACUGACUUGAAAUAUUUGAUUGACAUAUUGCAACAAUCAAAUCCUUGAUAAAGAUGUAAUAUCGAGCAAUGGAAAGGGGUUUUUUUUUUUGGGGGGGGGGGGGGGAUUUUUUACAAUACAUUCAUAUAGGUAACGCAGGUUAUCAAAAUCCUAAUGAGUUCUCCCCCCCCACCCCUCCCCCCUUAAGACUCACACAUUUUUUUUCACGACCUUGAACUAUAUUAAUAUUCUAAUGCCCCAUGCCAUUUUAAACUGCAGAUUUACUUCACGAACAAUUUUUUUUUAAAAAAAGAAAAGAAAAUAUUACGCACCAAAAGUACGUGCGAUACUUAUUUAAAAUAAUUUGAUUUAGCGCCGUUUUCCGCAAUUUUAUUUUAACUUCCGCUUGAAAAACGCGCCAAACUGAUUUGUUGGGGCAAGGGAUUAAGGGAAGAAAAAAGGGGGGGGGGGCGCUAAAUUUGUGGAAGUGUAUGCUGUCAUCAGCACCGUGUCUCUGUACCGAUGUUCAGCGCGAUAGAUUGACGGGAACUGGAUCAGUUAAACGUCAGAAGAUUUUUAGCCAGGCAGUAAGCCACCCACGAACAAAGACGAAGUUAGUCAAAAAGAUUUUUAAAAGCUUCUUAAGAUGAGAAACAGUAAUGAAUGGAAACACAAGUAAAAAUGCGAUAGGUCAUCGUUUUAAGCACGUGUCGAUACAUUACACUUCCCCAUAACUUUCAAAUGUGACUUAAUCAAUGGAUUGUUACAGUUUAAAAGGGAUCAAUAGCUAGCUUUAUGUAAAUGUUUUCGUUAACGAAAAAGAAAUUUGAAAUCAGUGGGCGAUGAAAGCAAAUUCCCGAAAGUAGACUAUUUUACAUUUAGAACUCAAGUGUAUAAAGCCUACAGCAUUUAAUAUGUUUUUAUAAAUUAAUUGUAUUCACAGUGCCACCGAAAGGACCUCCAUCGCUGACUGUAUCACCGAAUCAGGAGCAAUACACGGAGUUAGACAAUGUCA